AUGUCAUUUUUUACUGAAUCUGAUGAAAAUGAUCAAAGUUUUUUUGAAGAAGAAAAUAACGUUCCACCUCCUUCACAACAUUUUUCUAAAAUAACAGAUACUACAAAAAUUGACUCUUUUGAUGAUUCAUCUGACAACGAGAACGAUGAUUUUAAUAAGCUUACACAACAUGCUAAUAAAAAAAUGUGUUACACACAAAAUGUGACAAAAAGAGUCAAUCGUUAUGGUAGUCAGUCAACUGAGACUUUGAAAAAAGUUAACUUUCCUAAAAAAAUAGAAAAAUUUUUUAAUGAUGUUGGAUUAGAGACUAUUGAAAGUGAAGAAUAUUCUACAUGUAUAAAAGUUGUUGAUACAACUUUAGAAUACAAAGCAUUUAUUAUUAAAUUAAAGAAGUACUUGGAUGAAGUUAAUAUUGAUGAGUUAUUUAGUACCGUUUUAUCGGUUAUUACAUUGGAAAAUGGGUUGGACUCUUUGAAUGUUCUUGAAAUAUUUUCAAAACCUAUAAAAAUUAAUGAGAAUUUUUCUAAUAGUUUUUUGCAAGUUUUGGUUUCAAUAGAGAAAUUACAAGCAAAAAUAAUUCAAGCAGUUUUCAAAUUUUUUGAAAGAAGUGUUUCUGAAGAUACGACGGUGAAGAUGGCUUGUGGUAUAUAUAUUGAUCUAUUGAAAGAUGUCGAUGAAAUAUAUGAACAAAACGAAAUUUAUGAUACUAUUUAUAAUCUUAAGUAUAAUAAAUUUGGAACUUCAUACAGAAAUGAAAUUGCAAGUUUUGUGUACAAAUUUAUUCAAGAUUUUAAAUUGGAAAAUGAGUUGUAUCGAAAGCUCAUGAAAUGGUUAAAGGAAGAUGAUAUGGAAGAAUGUGAAAGUUUUAGACUUGCAUUGUUACAGUCGAUAAAAAAUGUUUACGCAGAUUCUUUGAAUAUUAAAUAUGAAUGUUUUGCUCUUAUUAAAAAUAUAAAUAUGUUCGAGUGCAAUACCGUAAUUGAAAUAAUAAAUUAUACGUCUAUGUCAUUAACGACUGACAGUAAAAAUCAAAUUGUACUAUUUUUAUUGGCAUUGAGACAGAAUCUAAACUUUGAUAAGUUUAAAUCUUCAGCUGAUUUUGAUAAGAUUAUAUGUAAUAUGUUUAAUAAAAUUAUGAUGUUAAUAACAAAUUAUGGAGCAAAUGGAAUAAAUAUUGUUUUAAGCGUUUUUAAUGCUUCCAAUAACAAUAAAGUUACAUCAUCUGAUUUUGGAGUUAUUAGUGAUGUUAUUGAAAAUGAUUUAAUAGAUAACAACGAGGAAAAUGAAAAUAGUAAUGAUGAAGAAGAUGAUUUAAAAGUAACAGUUUUGAAGCCUAGCUUUUCAAAGUUUGACUAUAUUUUGGCAUAUACCACUAUUUCAGAGUAUAUCAAUCCAUUAACAAGUAAAAUUAUAAGUAUUGCUAAACUAAUGGCUGCACAAAUUGAACAAAAUUUCAAAUCAUUAGAUGAAACUUGUAAAUUUAUGAAAACUUUAUUAAAAUGUGAGGAAUUUCCACUAAAAAAUUUGGAAGCAUUACUGUACAUUGGUGAAUAUUUUCUAAAAGACAGUUCUCCAGUUGUAAAUGAAGUUGGCCAAUAUAUAUUUUUAGAAAUAUUCGUAAAUCUAUGUUAUGACAGAGAAAAAAUAAUUGCUUUGUUGAUUGACAAAAUGCUUUCAAAAGAAGAUGUUAGUUAUAAUGCUUUGAAUACGAUUUAUUUGAUUGUUAAAAAGUACCCACAUGAAUUUGCUGACUACAUAGACUAUUAUUUAGAGAGAACAAGUAAUUACUGUGUUAAAUUUGAAUCAAAACAUUUGAGAAUAUUUUUUAAAAUACUAUCCUGUCUUUCAAUCUCAUGUUCUGGAGACGAAGUAGAAUCAAAAGUUUCUUCUAUUUACGACCGAUUUGAUCAUUUCUUUGAAUCCAUUGAUGAAAAUUCAUUUCGUAUUGCAUUGUCGGCAAAUAUAGUUCGAAUUUGUGAAUUAAUUCGUAGAGAUCCAGAAAAGUAUUCUUCUGAGAUAUCUAGAAUUUUAGAAAAGUUAGAUUCUUGUUCAAAUUACAUGCCUGAAUAUUUAGCAUAUUAUUUCUCAGAGUUCAGUGUAAAUUUAAAAAGUGGAUACAAGAAAUUUUCCACACAAUCAAAAGAAUUAGUUGAAUAUAUGAACAAAAAAGUUUUACAUUAUCUUAAAGACACAUAUUUCGUUUGUCUGAAAGAGCCAAUUAAAUAUGUUGAUAAUGAAGGUGAUGUCUUUGAACCACUUUUUGAAGGUUACAACAAUUUAGAAGCACAAUAUGUAAUGAAACAUACUACAUUUUUGAAACGAGAUUUAAAAGAUUUAGAUAUUUGGAACGUUGAGAUGCUGAAUCCUUUAACACCCAUGAUUCAGUUUAUCUAUCAGGUUUUAAGAUUAAUGAAUAAAUGGAAACAACAAAAUGAUACAGCUUCUCUUGAAAAUUUAUAUUUUAUAUUUGAGGCAAACAUUGACCUUCGUGGAAUUAGUUCAAUGCUUAAAAAGGAAGAUUUAAAUGAAAAGGAGUUAUCUGAUCUCAGGCUAAGUAUUUUAUUUUUAUUAGACUAUCUAAGUAACUUACUAAAUACUUUUGCCGAUUGUCGUUCAUCUAAUCAACACAAUGAAAUACUUCAAAAGAAGUAUAAACUAUACGUUAAACUUGAAAGCAUAUUUUUUGAUCUUAUUCAUAAUAAACACAAAUUGAAAUUUACUUUACCACGUUUAUUGAGCAAUGGUUAUAGUAUCUCAAGAAGUUCAAUUGUAUUAUUUGGAAUUAAAAAAAAUGUUCUUAAUCCAAAAAAGAAAGUUGUCAAAAGCGAUGCGGAUUGUGAUAAAAGUAUAUUGGAAAAUGAAAAUAUAGAGAAUCCUACUCUUGGAACUUGCCAAUUUUUUGGAAAUACACAAGCACCAAAUGGCAAAAAAAAUUCAACAAAAUCAUACUAUAAAAUUAUUCCAUCUACCAAAAUUAGUGAUUAUAUAACUCCAUUCACAAUUAAUGUCUUGAUAAAGUGUAUUGAUGCUUUUUUGAAAUCUCCGUAUUUAUUAAGUAAGGUAUUAAAUGGUUUAGAUGCAGCAAUCAGUAGAAUAGAAGAAAGUUUUGUAAGUAAAAAAAUACCAACUUUUGGUUUUUCAAAACCUUUAAAAACAUUGGAAGCGUUUUUCCCUUACAUCGAUAAGCAAAAUAAAAAUGACUUGAAACGACUACUUUCUGAUUGUAUUAUUCCAAUGAUGACUGUCUUUGAUUAUUGCAAAAGAAAUUUAGUUGAUGAACCAGAAAAUCUACAAUAUCAGAAUUUUGCUGAACAAAGUCUAAAAAUUGUAUUUCGUAGUAUACAACUCAAUAAUAAUAAGGAAGAUUGUAAUGGUAAAAAAAAUAUAGAGGAAAAAAUUUUCCAAUUUAUUUCUACAAAUCAUCCCGAUUUGAUCUGUAAUAAUAAUGAUGCCAACACAACAAUAUUUAACUAUUUCUUAGAAAAUGAAAGUUGUAUAACUUCUUCUAGUACAAUGGCUGUGUUAGUAAUUAACAUGUUACUUGAUUUUAUUGGAGAAAAUGAAUUAUUACGUUUAAAAGUUGCUGUGAAAUGUUUGAAUCUACUUGAUUAUUCAUGGCAAAGUAAAAGUACUAUUAACUGUUCAACAGCUAACUAUUGUAAAGAUAUUGCUAGAAUUUUAGAAACAUAUUUUAGUUUAAUUUCACCAAGAUACCAGAUACUUGCUAUCAUAUACAUGGUAACUAGAAAAUUGAUAUUUUUGGCUCCAAAUAAAGAACAGAACGAUUUAAAAGAAAUUGGUUUUAUCUAUUCUUUAAAUUACGCAAAAUUGGGUGUGUCAAAUCCAGAUGAUGCUUCUGCUUGUGAUGCUUUUACUCCCAAAACAUUUAGUUAUAUUUAUAAUGUUUGUUUUACAGCUCUAAAUACGUCGACACAAAACUUUUUGGUUGCAAAUGAAACAACAUUGACUAAUCGUAUAGAAAAAAAUUUGGAUUCAUGGUAUUUUGCAGUUACUUGUUUCAAUAAAUUAGUAUCUUUUAUAAAAGUAUCAAAGUUUCGGACAAAGUCUAUUUUAUCUGUAGUUGUAAAAGAAGGAAAAAAGUUUAUAAAUUUUAUGAGCUCAAAUAAAUCUAUCUUUAUGAAUUAUAUUGUUGAUCAAGCAAAAUUUAACGAUCACAAGGAUAGAUUUGUACAAAUAUUUUAUGGAAUAGAGGAUUGUUAUACUAUUUUAUCGUCUUUCAACAGUGAAUUUCAAAAAAAAUUAACAGGUGGCGUUUUGAAAAUGUUUCCUCAAUUUAUUUGUGGUUUUGAAUCAUUUAAAAGACAUUAUAACAAUAUUUCAAAAAUUAAUCUUGUUAAAUCAUCUCUUGCAGAUAAGACAAGAAAAAGAAAUGGUAAUUCUGAGAAAGUUAUUGAACCUAAAAAGAAAAAAACAAAACUAGGUAAAAAGUCUGUUUUAAUUGAGCACACAGAAAAUAUGGAAACAUAA